AGCAGUUAAAAUGAAGAAAAUGCGAGUUUCCAAGCGUAUCUCCCCUAAAUUUCAGAAUCCUACGAAGGUGUCAUUUCAUACUAAACCUGAGCUAGUGUCAAAUCCAAGGUCGUAUCAGAGCCAAAAAGUUAGUAAGAGAAAUUCACCAAUAUCAAAAGAUAAGGCAGUGGAAUAUGAGGAAAUUGAUCCACAAAAGGAAGGUAUAAUUGAGUAUGAAGAAUGCCAAGAUUCAGCCCUCACUAAUCCUAAAAUGAGAAACAAAGAAUAUGCUACUCUUGACCUCUUGUCAAACAGCGACGAUCAAAAUGAAAGACAAGAGUCUCUCUACACCCAAAAUAUAGAUGAGAAUCCUAAUAAGCUCGCCAAUGAGGAAAAUGCUCGGACUACUACUGAAGAGGAUAUAAUGAUGUUCUCUCGGCCUAUUUAUAAUUUUGGUCAUCCUCCUGAAUCUAGUAGCACAAAAUAUAUUGGAACUACCACUACGAAGGAAAAUCUUGAGACUGGAAGUACGAACAUAAAGCCAACAACCGGAAACACAGAUGAUUCUAGAGACAGAAUAGAUGCUGUGAGAGAGCCUCGAUCUGAAGUUAAUCCUCUCCAUGAAUAUGGCUUGCUUUCUAAAAGACGACAGGAUUCUGCAACAACAGCAACUUUCGGGAACAGACCUUGGAACUCAAAAUCUGCUACUUUCAAUUUCUCCAAAAACAAAGAAGAUGAUUUUAUGGAGACAGUUGCUAAUGCCAUUGACUUUUUCUCUGAUAAGGUUGAGAAUAAAGAAGAGCAAAAAUCUAACAGAAGGUAUCAGGCUAAUCUAAAGCCAACACAUCAUUCUAGAAAGAAGGAGACUGUAAGAUCAAUUGAUCUUGGCUUGAAUAAAACUAUUUAUAACAGGAAUCCUCCUAAGAUUUUAUCCCCUCAAGUAGAAACAAAAUAAAUUUGGACUGAACAAGAAGAUGACUUAUAUUGAAACCAAUGAGCCACAAAACAAAAAUAUUGGGCAGUAUUACUACUCCAAAGAGCAUUUUCAGGAAAACUCCACUGCUAGGUUCAGACAUGAUGCCAACAAGUUAUUAGAAGAUAAACAGAGGGAGAGAAUUUGUACUGAAAAUAGCAAUAUGAACAACACAGGGUACGAUAAGCAUUAUAAUUCUCCAAAAUUUCCAAUGAGUGAUACCUUCUUUGACAAAAAUAAAGCAUCUGAUGAAGAGUCAGCGAGGGCUAUUCCUCCAAUGACUAACACAAAUAUUUCGUCUGACAAUUACCUAAUGGAGGAUAGCAUGAACAUGGCGAUGGAUAACCAAGAAAAGCCUUCAUUUUGAGACUACAACAAGCUGCAGUAUGAGUUUUUCAAAUUGAAAAAUCAGCAUGAAGAGCUUAAAAAGAAAUACAAGAAGACUAAAGUAGCCCUUCAUCAGAGUGAAAUAAAUAAUAAAGAAUUGAAGAUCUGCUCAAAGUACUUUGAAGACCUGUAUAAUAAGGAAAGAAGAAUCAGAAAUGCAGAAACUGCCUUCAAGAAGAUUCUAAGCGACAUGUAUGAAGAAGAGCAACCCUAUAUGUCAAGCGAUAUGACUAAGGUAUUUUCAUACCAUUCCAAGCCGACAUCUCCAGAACCGAAGACAACUUCUCAUAAGAAUCGUCAAAAGCAGAAGAAUACAUCCGGAUUGGAGCUAAGAACUGAAGAUUUUGGGUCUAAGCCAAUGAGUCCGCCUACCAUCAGGACAGAUUUAUUUUCAAACCACAAGAGCAUCAAGAACAAGGCUAAAAGAAGUAGAAGAGGGCAGCUAAACCUUUCGAUGGGAAAUCAGUCGAAUAACUUAAAUUUCUCAAAAUCAGGAUCCAAAAAUAACUUCUUUUUAUAUAAAUAAUCAUUCUCAGCUGAA